UCAAGUGCUUUGUUUUUGCAGAUAUGUGUACAUAAUAACAGAGUACUGUGAAGGGGGAGAUCUGUCAGUUUUCAUCAGAAAGCGAGAGCGACUCCCCGAACGCGUUUGUCUCAAGUUUCUGAAGCAGCUGGCAAUUGGUCUGCACUAUCUCAGAACCAACAACAUUUCUCAUUACGAUCUCAAGCCCAACAACCUCCUCAUCAAGAUGAAGCCUGUCACUUUGAAAAUUGGUGACUUUGGCUUCGCCGAGUACAUGUCGCCGGGCGUCAAGCAGCUAGUGCUGAGGGCUCCCCGCUGUACAUGGCGCCCGAAAUGGUGAGCGGUCGGCCGAGCGACGCCAAGGUCGACCUGUGGUCGGUGGGCGUCAUAUUCUACGAGUGCCUCUACGGCCGGCCGCCAUUUGCCGACUGCUCGUUCGACCAGCUGACAAAACUGUUCAGUGACAACGAUGUUGUGGUCAAGAUUCCUUCAGACGGCGAUGUGUCGACCAAGUCUCGCCAUCUGCUGUCGUGUCUGCUACAGACGGAUCCUGCGCAGCGCAUCGAGUUUGACGUCUUCUUUGCGCAUCCGCUGAUCGAGGUGGCGCAUGCGCCCAGCAAGCACACCUAUAGGUUCGGAGUGCACCUGGCCGACAAGGCGGUGCGCCUGGACUAUCAGCGCCGCCUCGCCGAGGCGGUCGACUUCUACGUUGACGCCAUUCCUACCUGUUACCGCAUGUCAAACUUGAAGAGGACGAGCUGAAGAGAGACACGCUCCAGAGUUACUUGAGGAAGUACAUGGAUAGGGCCGAAGCUCUACUGCCAGUCACCAAGCAAGUGGAAGUUGAUCCAUACUCUCAACUGACCACUCCAGAACUAUGUGCAAAUCGACUCCAGCCUUGGCGGAUGCUUUAGACACAAUCGCAACAGCUGAAAUGUAUGUGGCGGAGGGAUAUUAUGUGGCUGCCUAUAGCAAACUAGAGUACGCGCUCACUGUGAUAAUGGACGCCCUCGCCAAAGAGCCUCCCGGCCCACGACGAAAAUUAUUACAUAAACAGACAUGUGAGUGGAUGAAUCAGGCGACUAGAGUUCAGGCUCUUAUUGAUGCAUCAGACAAAGAAUAUCUCUCGGAGGUCGAACUCCUCCAGAACAAAGAUGAAAGUAAAGUCUGCAGCCUGCAGUAAGUGCAAGAUGCACUUGAGAGCAAGUGCAACCUUCCCCCCCCCCCCCUACACCAAAGAGUAGCCAUAUCAUACCACAAUUCCACAAUAAUUAUCGAGCUUACAAUUGAUGUCAAUAAAUGUUGUAACCUGUUACGGUCUUUUGUUCCUGUUAUUUUUUCGUUGUUAGUAUUAUUAGCUUUGAAUAAAACUUCCAUUUUUUGUUGUGAGAAUUAUCUCUGAAUAUUUUCCCUCUUUCCUUCCUCACUUAUUUUUUAUUGACCGAGCGAAGUGAGGUCCAAGAUUCAAGUCGACGGUUUUGCAUUUCUCUUUAUUUUUAUUGUGUUUAUAUUUUUGUUUAUACAGUUUUUAUAUUUUUAUGUUCCGCAUUUACAGUGAAACGCAGCAAAAGAUUUUCAUGAAAGCUUACAAUUGAUGUCAAUAAAUGUUGUAACCUGUUACGGUCUUUUGUUCCUGUUAUUUUUUCGUUGUUAGUAUUAUUCGCUUUGAAUAAAACUUCCAUUUUUGUU